AGCAAUUCCCAGCUGGAAUUCUCGGUUCUGAACUGGAAAGUUUCGGCAGGCGAACAGUUAAUGGCAGGGGGAGGAGGGGGAGGAGGGGGAGGAGGAAGAGGAGGAAGAGGAGGCAGGCUCCCAGUUCUCCCAGUUCUCCCAGGCAGCUGCCCCAGCACAGAGCACCGCAAUUAUCCCAGCUCCUCGGCAAUAUUCCCUCCACAUCCUUGUGUUUUUCCAGCCUUUUCCCAGGCUGGAGAAGUUUUACAGCGAGGCAGAGCUGAAUUCCUGCAGGAUAAACGUGCCCAGCACUGCAGUGGAUGCAAACAUUCCCGAGUAAUGGUUAACCUGGGAAAAGGGACACGCUCCCGCUGAAGGACAAUGACACCCCGCAUUUAUCUUUAUCUUUAUUAUGCUGCCGUCUCCUGGCUAAUUCUGCACGAGUGGCAUCCCUGUUCUCCUGCUUUCUGCACAGCAUCCAAAGGUUGACACGGACUUGCUUGGCUGCAGCUUUUUGUUCAGAUGGAUGCAACGCUCCCAUCAAGGUUGUUUACCCAGUAAAUGGAUCCCUGAGGAGCUCAAAGGCAAAAAUAUUCUCUCCUGAGAGCUGAUUUCCUCAUGUUUUUCUUUGAGCUGCUGAAGGAACAUCCCAGGAAAAUGGAUGAGCCCUCCACCUAACACACAGCUCUCCUUUCUGGAAUGCUCAGUGGAAAAGAGGCACCAUUCCAGCAUGAACUCCAGUGCAUACCAGUAAAGACCAAAAGAUAAAUACAUUCUUCCCCAACAGCCUAAUAAGAUCUUAAAAAUGUGGGAAUAUGGAGGAUCACUUCCCUCGUUUAAUUUGUGUUCUUAAUGCUUUUUGAAUUUUAUGUCUCGUUGCGACUUUAACUACAAUGCUCUCCUUAUUUUCAAGCUUUUAAGGGAGAUACUGACUUUUCAUUAAAAAGAAGUAUUUUUAACUUCUUUCUGAUGAAAGCCUCGAGCCUUCUAACCACAGCAGCAUUCCUCUAAUGAAACUUUAUAAAAAUCUUAUUUUUCUCUAUUUCUGUGUAAAGCCAAAUACUUCAUGAAUUUGACAGCUGCAAUGCAUAAAAUAUUUCAAGGUGAAAUGCAAAUUUUGUUUUUAAAAAAUAAUUGAAUAAAAGAAGAGAAUUACCUUUAAAAUAAAAUUAAAAUCUUUAAAAAUUUAACUAUUAAGCUUAAUAGCAGUUGAUGGACCUUCUCCUUGGUAUUUUUCUCUAGGAAUUUUUAUACCAAAUGCUUCAAGCAUAAAGACUUCUUGAAAUUGCUGUGGAAUUGAGGACUGCUGCACUCUCAUUCUUCAGACUGUUCAACAAGGUGAAGGCAAGGAAAAAACCACAGUGGAAAAAAACUCCUGUGCCACUACUGCUGUAAAUUGGUUAUUUCAGAAUGCCAGUGCUGGCAGCUGUGUUCUUAUCUCAGGGUAUGCACAAAUACCAAAAAUAAGAAAUGAGUGUUGUCCCCCUGUUCACUUUUCCAAAGCACAAAUGUAAAGAUGUCAGAGGAAAAAAAAAAAAAAAAAAAAUAAAUCUCAGAGUCAGAAACAUUAGCUGACUUUAUAAGGAAAAAACACAGUGUAUUCUGUGGACUGCGUUUUAGUCUCUUCUUUCUGUUUAUUUAAUAAAUUUUCUGUUGAUUUAAUUUACUGAAUUCUGAUCCUCUGGCAGAACUUCAAGUCUCCCAGCCUUGAGGAAAUCUCAGCAGCUGUUCCUCAGCACUCAGAGCUCACUUGGGGCCCUGGGCUCAGCCAUCACCCCACCUGAGGGCUGAGCCCCCCUUGGGCAAGCAGUGAAGAAUUCAAAGCCCUUUUGGGUUCUUUUAUAUCAUUUGGAGACAAUUUUGUCCUGGAAAUGCAAAAUUCCUGCCUCUGCAUUCCCAGGGGCUGAGUGCACUCAGUUGUGGCACACAAAGUUCCUCCUGGUAAUAAUCCCAACAGUUAAAAAUGCACCACUAACAUGGCAUCUCUCUCAAAAAUAUAAACAGAAAGCUUCUCUCCCUCUAUCUCACCUUUCCUUUCAGAUCACCUGAAUGUUUAAUUGGACUAUGGUAAGAAGACAGGAACUGGAAGUGAAAGAUGAACCCACUUCAUGCAAAGAAAUCAAGAUUUUUAAUGUGUGUUGCUGUCUGUAUGUUCAUCUACACCUUCAUUUACCUAAAGGUUCCACUUUAUGACGAGUCAAAUGACCAAAAAUUCCGUGUCAAAAGAGCAGAGUGUGGUUUUUACCCAGAUGAACUUUGCUCGGCUCUUUUUGUGGGGAAACCUGCAGCCUUUAAAAUUGGGAACUUUUGUCAGAAGUCCUACCAGCCCAAAGCACUCAGCUGCAUUCAGACUUCCUGCAGCUGCUCCACAGUCCUGAAGACUCUGCAUUUUAUCACCACACCACUAUCAGAGGAAGAAGGGAAUUUCUCCUUGGCGUACAUUAUUACAAUUCACAAGGAGCUGGAAAUGUUUGUGAGGCUGCUAAGAGCUAUUUAUAUGCCUCAGAAUAUUUACUGCAUCCACGUUGAUGAAAAGUCACCCAGAGAUUAUAAAACUGCUGUAGAGAACAUCGUUAACUGCUUCGAAAAUAUUUUUAUUUCCUCAAAAAGAGAACAUGUUGUUUAUGCAGGGUUUUCAAGAUUACAAGCUGAUAUUAAUUGCAUGAGAGACCUCGUUAACUCCAAGGUUCAGUGGAAUUACGUUAUUAAUCUGUGUGGUCAAGAUUACCCCCUGAAAACAAAUAAAGACAUCAUACAAUACAUAAAAAGCAAGUGGAAUGGUAAAAAUAUUACUCCAGGGAUAGUCCAACCCCUUCAUGUGAAGCACAGGACAGAGGUGAGCUACAGGGAGUACGUCCAUUCUGGAGUGCCCUACGUGUACCCAGCAAAGAGCAGGAAAGCUCAGCCUCCACACAACCUGACCAUCUACUUUGGCAGUGCCUACUACAUCCUCACCAAGGACUUUGUGGAGUUCACACUGAGUGAUGCCCGGGCAAAAGCUCUGCUGGAGUGGUCCAGGGACACCUACAGCCCUGAUGAGCACUACUGGGUCACCCUCAAUCGUUUACCUGAUGCUCCAGGGGCUACACCCAAUGCAGGCUGGCAAGGAGACCUAAGAGCCAUUAAAUGGAAAGAUCAAGAAGGAAUCUCACACAAAGGCUGCAAAGGUAAAGUGAAUUUUGAUCAUGAACUUAAAUGUGAUUUACUGAUGAGCAUUAAUUGGUUAUUAUAUAUUAUUUAAACCAGCUAUGUUUAAUGUCUUAGUGGUCAUAUAUAAUUUAUUUUGGAAGUAUUAAAUGAAACAAUGCAUCCUAUAAAUUACUGCACUAUAUCCAAUUAAAGAAAUUUUGAGAUCUAGGUUAAAUUAAUAUAUUAGUUACAUAUUUUAUGUAUUUUGAGAUGAGCACAGUAUCCAUAGACUGCCAACCCUUCUUUCAGCCCCUAAUUACCAAUUACACUAAUUUGGCUGAUUGGUUCUCAGUGGAGGGGCUUUACCUACAAGGAUGUUUGUCAGGUAAUUCCAUCAACAUUGGGUUAAACCCCUUCAGUUUGAACAGCAAUAAGAAAGAAUAGUGCUGAGCACAUGGAAAGCAUGCAGAAAUAAUUAAAAUCUCUAAGUGUGCAAGCCGAGCCCAGGUGUGACUGAGCAGGGAAUCC